AUGCCUAUGCCCUGCAUUUUGAAGCCUCGUCCACUUUGGUCUGGCAAGCAGCUGUUCUCUAUGCUCUUGCCGAAGAUUAGUCUACAGAAGGAUGCUGGUAUAGCUAGUAAGAACCGAGGAGAUGACCCAUGGUUCUCAAGGAGCGACUGCCGGGUUAUCAUUCAAGAGGGCGAGAUCAUGUCUGGCGUCAUCUGUAAGAAGACUGUUGGUGCUUCCUCGGGUGGCCUGAUCCACAUCACUUGGUUGGAUUAUGGUCCGGAAAGAACUAAGCAGUUUAUCGGUGGCAUUCAAAGGCUGGUGAACUUUUGGUUACUCCAUCACGGCUUCACGGUUGGGUGCGCGGAUAUCGUUGCCAACGACGGUACCAUGCAGAAGGUGGCCGACACUCUGGCACAGGCGAAGAGAGAUGUGAGGAAGUUGGUAUUGGAUGCCCAGAGGGGACGGUUGGAGGCCCAGCCUGGCAAGUCUCUACAGCAGUCAUUUGAAGCGCGAGUGAAUCAGAGGUUGAACCAAGCUCGUGAGGAUUCUGGAAGGCUCGCGGCCGAUAGUCUUGAUGAUAAGAACAACAUCAUCGCUAUGGUGGACUCGGGUUCAAAGGGUAACCCUAUCAAUAUUGCCCAGAUUAUAGCAUGUGUCGGACAGCAGAAUGUGGAGGGAAAGCGUAUACCCACUGGGUUCCGGGAUCGUACUUUACCACAUUUCACAAAGGAUGAUUUCGGGCCCGAGAGUCGAG